AUGGCGUUCAUAGGGACCCAAGAGAAAUGCAAGGCGUGUGGUAAGACAGUUCAUUUUAUUGAAAUGAUAUCUGCUGAUGGAGUUCCUUAUCACAAGACCUGCUUCAAAUGCAGUCACUGCAAUGGCGUUCUCGCGAUGAGCAGCUAUUCGUCCAUGGAUGGAGUCCUAUACUGCAAACCUCACUUCGAGCAGCUCUUCAAGGAAACUGGCAGUUUCAGUAAGAAGUUUCAACCAUCUGGGAAGUCCUCAGGAAAGCCAAAUGAGCUGGCACGGGCUCCUAGCAAACUCUCAUCCAUGUUCUCCGGGACUCAAGACAAAUGCGCAGUCUGCAAGAAAACCGUCUACCCACUCGAAAAGGUGACAGUGGAGGGAGAGUUCUACCAUAAAUCAUGCUUUAGGUGUUAUCAUGGGGGUUGCUUCCUCACACCCUCAUCCUAUGCGGCUCUGGAUGGAAUCCUUUACUGCAAGCACCACUUUGCUCAGCUGUUCAAGGAGAAGGGCAGCUACAAUCACCUCACCAAGACUGCUUCCAUUAAGAAAAAUGCAGCACUGAUGCCUGCUGACCCUGUACCGCCUCCCGCCCAAGACCCAAAACCUAAACCCCUACCAGAUGCAGAAGACCAAACUACUACUAUUACUACUCCAGAGCAAUUGUGA